GCCCCCACGUCUCCAGCCAGAUCGUCAGAAUCGCUAGCUGCUGCACUUGAGCGUUCAUUACAACACGAUCGUAGCCGAGGUGCCCCUGUGAUGCCACCGGAUGCUAAAGUACUACUUGUAAUCGACAAUCAAGCCGUUGAUUGGAGUAAAUACUUUCGAAAUCCUAACGAGUUUCCGAUAAGGGUUGAACAGGCCGAUUUUCCAGAACUGGACGUAAUAUGCACAGAAAACAGCCUUACCGUAGAAAUCAAUCAACCGGGACGGGAUCCAAGGACCUUCUGUCCCCAAGCAGCAUUUGUUGGACCGUCAGCAGCUCAUAGUCAGCAGUCGAAAACCAUCCUACGAUCUAUGAUAGCUGCUGGAAUCCCUUUCGUUAAUAGUCAUACUUCAAUGAUUGCUUUUAUGGAUAAAAAUAAUCUGGUAUGA